AUGACUGGACUAGCAAUAGCAGUUUUAAUUGGCCUUCCUUUAGUCCACUGUUGCACGAGUGGUGAGCUACAGCUUGUAAAUGGAGACACCCCAGAGGUAGGUCGUGUUGAAAUAUGCAUUAAUGGUACAUGGGGGACUGUCUGUGAUGAUCAUUGGAAUCAUUCUAACGCUCAAGUUGUAUGCAGACAGUUGGGAUAUCUCAAUGCAGUACCUGAAUUUUACAGUAGCGCAUAUUUUGGAGCUGGUACAGGUCAAAUAUUUCUAGAUGAUGUUCACUGUGCUGGAAAUGAGAGCUCCCUAUUAGAAUGCAUGCAUAGGCCGAUUGGAAGCCACAACUGUGACCACUCUGAUGAUGUUGGAGUAUCUUGCAUAAAUUGUACUCAUGGUGAGCUGCGACUAGUAAAUGGAAGGACACCUGUUGAGGGUCGUGUUGAAAUAUGCAUUAACUAUAUGUGGGGGACAGUCUGUGAUGAUCUCUGGACUAAUGCUAAUGCUGAAGUAGUAUGUAGACAAUUGGGAUAUCCUACAACAGGUAUGCACACUAAUAUCAG